CGAGCGCAUUGAACGCAACGUUUACCACAUUCCAUGCAGUUUGUCUUCAAGAGCAAAUCGUUUACCACUAGUAGUCCAAUAUGGCGGAAUCGCAACCGGCUGCAACUGCUCCAGCAGGAGAUUCAUGUAAUCCUGAGCUAUCAAAUGGAGAGGAAGCAUCAGAAACCAUGGAGCAAGAAAGACAGGGAGGUAUCAAGCGUCCAGCAGAGCAACAGUUAGGACCAGAUGAUAUUGAUAAAGAAUACAAACCAGAAGAACCAGGGGAAUUCUGCAAGGCUGAUGAUGAUGUCAUUGCUCAAAGAGCUGUCUUUGCACCAGUUUCUGCUAUGGUUGAGGAUGAUGAGAAUGAUAUUGAUGAUGGAUUUAACAAGCCUACUUUCAGGCUCAACCCACCAACCCUCAUCCAUGGACAAGCCAAAUCAGCACCUACAUCAUCAGAUGGCGAGGAGAAAGAAAAUGAAAAUGUCAAACCUUUCUUGAGACCGUCGGCACUCAACAAUCAUGGGAAAGACGAGGAGGGAGAGGAGAAGUUGGGCAACCCAUUAGCCGAUGGAGCUCACAGUUUACCAUUUGCAAUGGCAGCAACGGCUGAGAACAAUAGUGAAACAGAAAGUGAGGCAUACAAAAGGACAAAAUUAUUUCUGCCGUUCACCACGGGUGAAUCGAGCGAAAGAGACUUGGGUUUCGGCGUGUUUGGCAAGUUCCGUGAUAGUGCUUACAGGAUUGGUUUCACGGAGCAGGAUGGGCGGGUUAGUGAUGGGAAUUCAAUGGACAAGGAACCCGAUCCGGAUCAGCAUGAAGGGACAACGCAUGAAAAUUACUUUGCCCAGUUUGCAAGCAAAAAAGACAAAGAGUUAAACAGUUCUGGAGACAGUCCAAGCAGUUUAUCAAGUUCAUCAGGCUCAUCGUUCUUGUUUGGACAGAAUAUGAAUGAAAGAGUUACGAGUCCUAACAGACAAGAAGGGGAACUGCAAUCGGUCGGUGAAUUGGUGUUUGGUCAAAAUCUUUCAGCAAGGAUCAAGAAUGAUGGAUUUAAUGAAACUUCCCCUGAGAAACCAAAAGAGCAAACAUUAGCUGAGAAUGCAAGUGCAUUGGAGGAGGCCAGGGAGAGGAUGAGGAGAAAGUUUGAAGACGUUGAGAACCUGACAGGAGAAGAAGAUGAAGAAAAUGUUGUUUCGUCCCAUUGUAAGCUGUUUGUAUUUGACAAUGUGAAGAGGAAUUGGCUAGAAAGAGGGCGUGGUCAAAUAAGGUUGAAUGACAGUCGGCAAUUAGCAACGGAUUCUGCUUUCCAAUCAAGAUUAGUAAUGCGUACGCAGGGAAGCUACCGUCUUAUUCUCAACACCAAGAUCUGGAGUGAUAUGACCUUAGAGAAAGCAACCACGAGGAACCUAAGAAUUUCAGCCAUGGAUGCUGAAUCUGAGACGAUUAAAAUCUUCCUUGUAACGGGAACACCCAAGGAUAUAGAGCAGCUGUACUGCGCUAUCGAAUACCGAGUUCAAGCCCUGAAGCACGUAGAAGAAGACAAACGAUCAGAUGUAGAAGAGGGUCAGACCGGAGCACAGGAUACCAAAGAUGAAGAGGAUGAAGAUGAAGAAGAUGCAGAGGAUGAUGACGAAGAUGAUGAUGAGGAUAGUGAGGUGGCUAAGAUCUGUUCUCGUGAUAGGAGUAAACCAACAUCUCCAAAGAGCACUGAGGGCAACAGUGCAUCCGCUUCACCUUCUCUACACCCUGAAGAAUCAUGAGUGCUGCUCAAGGAAUUAUUCUCGCAAUGCUCUUGGAUUCUGAGCUCAGACUUGUUAUUUUGGGGUCAAAAUGAUGAGAACAUGGCUUAACUUGAGGAAUCACAAUGGCAUUGGUAUCUGCUGAGAUGCAAGAACAAUCAGACCUCCAUUCUUUUAUUUGCCAAGAGAGAUUUCAAAAUUGGAGUUGACCUGUUGGUUUUGGAGUUGACCUGAGUUUACAUCACAUCAAUUCAUUAUAGGUCUGAUGUUUUGUGAUUGAUUGCAUUAGUUAUUAUGUGGAAUCAAUCGUAAAAGCUAAAUGUUGACUAUGUGAUGAAUUUCUAAGCCCAAAUGUCAAAUUUUCCUGUACCUACCAUAUUUCAUCAAAAAGAUUUGCCAAAUGGACAAUACCGUCAAACCUUUACAUAGAUAUUACCAGAGAAUCGGGUAUAUGAGUAGAAAAUCUCUUUCUUGGUUUAAUAGAUACAAUGUAGUUCGAGAGUUUUGAUAGGAGCAGAGAAACAUAAUAAUAAAGGUUUGAAAAUAUUCACCAAAGAAUAACAUGGAUCUUUGAUGUGUUGAAUUCAUAUAACAUGUAUGGGAAGUUGCUCUUAUGCAACAUCAUACUUUAAGAUUUUAAAGAUCAUUAACUCUGUUUAUUACCAGUUUUCUAAAAUUCUAAAAAUCAGUUUUUGCCAAACCUUCACACUCACGUUGCUCUUGUUUUUUUGCUUACAUCUUAACCUGAAAAAUUUGCUUUCAUUCUAAUAAGGAUGAUAGCAUAGUAACAGACGUAAACAUAGGUAUUUGUACAAUGAUUUAGAACAUUACACAACUUCACUGGAAGAACUUUCCCUUUAAUUUUUUCUCUCAACAUUCCUAUUAACCUGUUCAAUUCUGGAGCCAGAUGGUCCAUAUGCAAUACCUAUGGGAAUUAAUAAAUUCACUUGUCGGUGGGAAAUACAAACUACUGUAUCUUAUUGCUAUUAUGAUACAUUUAAUUAGUGCUUUUGGAAAGGAUAAUUUGCACAGUAUUAGAAUCAAACCUUGCAGGAAACGGGGACAUGUUAUAAAUUUGAUCGUUAUUAUUGAUUUUCUAUUAUUUUGUGAUCAAGGAGGGAAAACUGAACAAAUCACACUAAGUGACCAAUAUUAAAUUUUUGAACGAAAAAUUACCUGAUCAGUCCCCCUUUUACUUCACAUAAUUAAUUCUUAGUUUCCUGAAUACAGAGUUUUCACAAGAUAUGCUAUGCAGAAAUUACGUAUGACCAAUGUUGGGUUAAGUGUUUAUGCUUAUUUUAAUACCAUAUCAAAAUAUUUCAUUAAUUUAUAUCCUCAUGAGUUCUGCCUAUUAGAUUAAUUCAGUUAUGAUUUAGAUGCGAUAUUUAUCGAAAUGGUGAUCAAAAGAGUGUUUUCUUUUUUAAGCUUGUAUUCUAUGUCCUGUUCUAAUCAAUAUGGUUACCAGUACUAGCUUUAGGGUCCUUUAUUAGUACUGUUCCCACAUGAUCUAUUCAUAGCUUUAAAAGUUGAAAAAAAAAUACAUAGAAUGGUACAUUGCUAUGAUGAACAUCUUUCCAAAGAUAAAGAUUCUUUAUUCUUUUAAUUUCAAUGUUAAAAUUAAAGAUGAUUAAAGUUUAAUGAUGUACCUAAAGUAAAGGUACAUUAAGCUUUAUUUUAAAUUAAUUGUUGAUUGAAUAACAAUUAUACUUAUUAUUAUUAUCAACACUUCAAGUGGUGCACCCAUUCCAAUAGGAAUUGAAAAAAAUCUUUGUUUUAAUUCAACUGUUUGAAAUGUUUUAUGAUUUGCUGCAAAAUGUAUUUGUUCAUGCAACUUUCAGUUCUUAUCUGUUUGAUAAAUGCGAGAAAAGGGUUUUAUGAAAGAAAGAAUUGCUUACCAAUAUCGAAUUUCAAUUUUCAAAGUCUAUUCUUUGAACUAGUUUUGAUUUCAUUUUCUUUUAAACAUUGAGUAGUGUUCAUCAUUAUGUUUGUUCAAUCUUUAUGAACCAAAGUUUCAUUUGACAAAGUCAUAUCAUUUGAAGUAAUACAAAAUGGAAAUCAGGCCAUCUGGGUACUAGAUUAAAUGAGAAUUAGUCCAAGUGGGUAUAAGACCAAGUAUAGUGUAGAGUAGACCAAUCAGCAACGAGGCCAAAUUGACAGUAGACUAAAUUGGUUUAGCCCAAGUGGUAUUAGAUUAUCAAAGAACUAGCCCAACUGCUUUUUAACAGUGGGUUGGUAUUGCUAGAUUUAUAGCUAGGAUUUGGACAGGAUAUCGAUUCAUUUCUUUUCUUUAAAAGAAGAAAAAAAAAAAGAUUCCCCAAAAUUUGAGGUUAUCCAGUUCCAAAUGUGCCUAGCAGAAGAGAUCCAGUGAAUUGUGAUUUGCAUUGACUCCAAAUGUGCAUGCUGAGUUCUAACUUUCAGAGCACAUAUAGUGUUUUUGUCAUAUAUUCAUCAUUUUCAGUUAUUGAUUUCAAAAGGGUAUUUAGCAUUCUAUUAUUUAUUCACUGAUUACAAUCUUGGAUUUUAUACCCUAUAAAAACUUUCUGUUGGACAUGCAAUGAUAUUCCAACCAUUCCUAUCGACUUUGUUGUCAAUACUAUAUUUUUUUGUGUGUCCGUCAAGUUAUGCAUUUGUUUGUUUUUGUAAACAAUAGUGUUAAUGUUUAUUUACACACAUUUUUUUUUCUUCAGUUGUUUAAGAAAAAAAAAUCAUUUACAUCGGCAUAAAAGGAUUAUGAUGUUGUUGACUGUAAUUUGAAAUAUAUGUUUAUCAGGAACUAUUAAAGGACAAGUCCACCCCCAACAAAGAGAUGAUUUGAUAAAAAGGGAAAAAUCCAACAAGCAUAACACUGAAAAUUUCAUCAAAAUCGGAUGUAAAAUAAGAAAGAAAUAAAAUAAUUUCACAAAACAGUUAUAUGCACAUCCUGUUGGGUAUGCAAAAUGAGGAGACUGAUGACGUCAUCCACUCACCAUUUCUUUUGUAUUUUAUUAUAUAAAAAUGCGGGAUAUUCUAUUUUUUCUCGUCAUUGUCAGGUGAAACAACGAUUACUUCCUCCCUGAACAUGUGGAAUGAGCAGUGUUUAAUACUAUAUGAUUCAGUCAAGUUGGUCCUUAUUGUCAAAUCUGUAAAAAAUGAAAUAUUGUAUAAUUCAAAGAAAAAAAAUCAAAAGAAAUAGUGAGGGACAUCGACUGUCUCAUUUGAGUUGUGCAUAUAACUGUUUUGUGAUAAAUAAGCAAAACUUUAAAAUGUCAUAACUUUCUUAUUUUACAUCCGAUUUUGAUGAAAUUUUCAAUGUUUUGCUAGUAUAAUAUUUGCAAUCUAUUGCAAAUAUUCUCUUUGCAAUUCCCCAUCUAUUUCACACUUAAAUCUUUGUGAAACACCAAUCACUUUUAACUAUCGCCAUGUUGAAUUCACACAUCCUAUUACAAGAAACAAACAAGCCAUUAGCAAUUAGUUGCAACUUUCCUAUUAAUUGCAGGAUUUAAAAUUGAUUUUGGGAAGUGAGUUCAUCUUUCAAUUGUAAGAAACUUGCCACCCCCUAUGCCAGUCAUUAAUAUAUCCAUUUUGCUGCAUACUCCUUAUAAUCAGUUGAUUGUCAUUGAGUUCAAUAUAAUCUUUUAAUCAGGUUGUUAUUGUGAUUGAGUUCUUCUCCCACAUACCUGUUUGUCAGUUUAGUUUAUGUCCCAUCUAUCGGGUGGAGAAAUUGGCCCGUAUUCUGCAGUCGGGUUUAAUUUAAACUCUGGUUUAAGUUGUGGUUUAACUAUGGAAAGCCAGUUGUCACAUAAAUCUAUAACAGAUGUUUAAUGUAUCAGCUAAUAUGACUCCCUAAACAUUAUUAACUGCCUGGGAAGGAUAAGUAUGACAGUUGUCUUCACCAUUAAAGAAUUAGUAAAGAGCACAGUAAACAUGAGAAGCAUUCACUAUA